GUUGUGACCUGACGUCACCGGAGCGAGUUACCUCCCGCCGCCGCUGCCGCCGCGUUCAGCGCGAGCCCCGGAGCCCUUGAGCGCGAGGCGCGGAGUCCCCGGAGACCCCGGAUCACAGUCCCCGGAUCACAGUCCCUUCCUCGAGCCGCGCGCCCCGGAGUCCCGGCUGCGCGCCCCACCGGGCCCGCGCGAUGCCCUCAGACAGGCCUUUCAAGCAGCGGCGAAGCUUUGCCGACCGUUGUAAGGAGGUGCAGCAGAUUCGUGACCAGCACCCCAGCAAGAUCCCGGUGAUCAUCGAGCGCUACAAGGGUGAGAAGCAGCUGCCAGUCCUGGACAAAACCAAGUUCCUGGUCCCGGAUCACGUCAACAUGAGCGAACUGGUUAAAAUCAUCCGGCGCCGCCUGCAGCUGAACCCCACGCAGGCCUUCUUCCUGCUGGUGAACCAGCACAGCAUGGUGAGCGUGUCCACGCCCAUCGCCGACAUCUACGAGCAGGAGAAAGACGAGGAUGGCUUCCUCUACAUGGUCUACGCCUCCCAGGAAACCUUCGGCUUCUGAGCCAGCAGUAGGGGGGAAUUGGCCUGGGAGUGGGGGACCUGGUCAAGCUCUCCCCAGGGAGCGCCUGGCUCCUGAACUGAGCUGCCCCUGGUGGGCUGGGCAGGCAUGUGGGCCCCUAGCCAGAGGGGCCCAAACAGCCCCCUCUGCUCCUCAGUGGAUCUUGGGCCAGUCACAUUAGGGUUGCCCCUCUGGGUGCUGGUUGGGAUGGGGAGGGUGGAGAGCUGCCCCCAGCACCCCUGCUCUGUGUGGUUUGUUUUUUUUAGGCCCCUGCCUGUCUGCCCCUAACCCCCCG